AUGACUCCUUUUGAAGGUCUUUAUGGACGAAAAUGCAGGACUCCUUUAAGUUGGGAUGACAUUAGUGAUCGACUGAUAUUAGGUCCAGAAAUGAUCAAAGAAUCAAAAAAUAAGAUUCGAGUUAUCAGGGAGAAGAUGAAGAUAGCUCAAGAUUGCCAAAAAAGUAAUGCCGAUAAAGCCCGAAGUGAAGGUCAAUUUCAAAGUGGAGAUUUCAUCCUGGUGAAAGAAUCUCCAAUGAUGAGUAUUAGAAGGUUUGGAAUUAAAGGAAAAUUGAGUCCGCUUUAUGUUGGACCGUAUGUCGUAGAUCCUUCUCAUAUUUUAUCUCCGGAUGAGUUAGAGCUAAAUGAGGAUCUUUCGUAUGAGGAAAUGCCUAUUUGGAUCAUGGACACAAAGGUUCGAACUAUGAGGAACCGAAAUAUUUGGGAUAUUGAUUCAUGGGAUCCCUUCAAUUAG